AUGGUGCGCAAAAAUCCUACAGCUGAUAUAGAAGAAUUAGGGUUUGAUGGUGUCAGCGGUAGAAAUUGUAAUAACAGUGAUGUUAAUAUGACAAAAUCGGAAAGCCAUAAAGUAAAUUCAAAGGUUGGAACCAGUUAG